GCUGAGCUCUUAUUCUACACCAAACGGACUAACCAACUCCCCCUCCUUCUGCCCUCUCUCGUUCCCCUCCCUGGCAGCGGCAGCUUUACAUCCUGCUGUCAUUUUAGGCAGGGGUACAAGUCUACUCAUAAAGAACCUUGCCACUGAGGAGACGCCCUUCAGAAUGUCAGAUUCUUUAGUGGUGUGUGACGUGGACCCAGAGCUUAAAGACAUGUUAAGAAAAUUCAGAUUUCGAAAAGAAACCAAUAAUGCAGCCAUUCUGAUGAAGAUAGACAAAGAGAAGCAACUGGUGAUUUUAGAAGAAGAAUAUCAGGAUAUUUCUCCUGAUGAGCUGCAGAAUGAACUGCCUGAACGACAACCAAGGUUUUUGGUGUACAGUUAUAAGUAUGUGCAUGAAGAUGGCAGGAUCUCCUAUCCACUCUGCUUUAUAUUCUCCAGCCCAGUGGGAUGCAAACCAGAGCAGCAGAUGAUGUAUGCAGGUAGUAAAAACAGACUAGUACAAACGGCUGAGCUUACUAAGGUCUUUGAGAUCAGAAACACAAGUGAUCUGACAGAGGACUGGCUGAAAGAACGCUUGGCAUUUUUCCGCUGAUAUGAAGCCAUGAGACACAUUCCUAUUUUUGGAUGGCCUUACACCUCUUAAAUAUUAUACAUAAUAGCUAACAGGUGGAAGCCAUUAUACUUAAUUACGAAAGAGAAUUUCUGCUGCAUGCUAUCCUCGCUUGAGAACUAGCCCCAAAACAGUUAACAGCUGAAAAGCUUAUUCAGAAAACUUUCCAGUCAGCGCUUAUGUAUGGAGGUUGAAUUAUACAGUUCUCAUCUCAAAUAGUUCACAAAUGUUUGAGGAAA